AUGGAUCCCAAGAACAUACCACAUUAUCAUGAAUUCCAGGUACUUGAGGCGUCUUGCCCAAAUAUUACAACAGAAUACCUAUAUUCCCUAUGGAGUCUAGUAUACCAGUCACGUCAGCAAAACAAGUACAGCAAACCUAUGCCGUGGAUUGGGAUGAAUAUAGCAUUAGCAUCUCUGCUUUGUGUCCUUGCAAUGGUGGCUGAUUUAUUACAUGGUUUGUGGAACAGAAAGCUAUGGUUUCCAUGUAAAUAUUUCACUCUGAAUGCUGCAUCUCUUACUGUGAUAGGUGUUGCAAUAAAGCUGCCCAUGGAUCCAAAUAAUCUAAUGCCAGGUCUUGUAGACCAGGCUGCAAAGCUUGGAACCAUGAGCUUUAUGUGCACCAUCAUGGCUAAUCUAUUGCCUUCUCUAGCAACCAAGGACGACAAGGAACUUGUCUCAAACGUCAUAGCUUUAGCUCUUCUGGUAAUCUCCUUGGUUUUCAAUUUCUGCAUUCAGAUAUCCACGGGAAUUCUAUUUUUCAUUCCUGAUGCCGCAUUCUACCCAUAUAAAAUAUCAUUCCUGACUAGAGUUAUUAGCAUAGGCGGCUUUGUGGUUCCGAUACUCAUGUUGCUGAUAAUAUAUGCAUGUUCAUCUUUAGCAAUUCUAAAGUCCAAACAGAUUCUAGAAUCCAAAUACCAAACAGCUAAUCAAACAGCUUUAAAGGAUCAAGAUCUGAAAGCUGGAAGAUUAACUAAUGAGAAGCUAAAGCAGUAUGUGAGCAACUACUGGAUCAUGGCAGAACCCAGAAGCCCUCAAUUUAUGACAGCUUGCUCUAUUUCAACAUCUGCUUCAGGGGUAAUAUGUGCUGCAAGCUCUGGCUUCUUUAUUUUCCUUAUUGCUAUUAAUUUUCAAUAUCUACUUCGUCGAAAGGACUAUAAGAGGUCGGAUUAUAAGUAUUCAAUAUUAGUGAUUUUAAUGAUACAAUCUAUCGGAGUGAUACUGGGUACAAUUGCCCCGCUUGCCAGAUGUUUUGCAACCUUAAGCUUUGAUUUGUCAAUAAAAUGGAUUUGGAAGCAUGUGAAGGUCUCUAAAGUAGAGAGAUACUGGACGCAGAAGUUAUAUGAUUGGAAACAUAGUAGAAUACCAUUCCCAUCCAGUAGCCGCAAAUGCAAGAUUGUCAUCCAGCAUUUGAAAAUCCAAAGUCUCAGUAUUUGUAUAGGAUUUCAGAAGUCAGUCGUUGUAGCAUGCAAGAUGAUAACCAUGAUUACAAUUCUCUUUUUGAUAUGUGUCAUGUGUUGUCGCCUUUGUUGGAGGUGGUUAAAGGCCAUGUUUACCACAUCUCGUCUUGUAGUGGGACAGUCACAACAAGCCAAGGAGCAACCAGGAAAAGAUAAAGAUCUCAGGGGGUAUGUGUUGCAACUUCAAGAAGACGUACAGUUUACUGAGAGAACAUUGAAACGCUUGUUAAAAUCUGUGAAUCGCUUGAUCCAAAAGGCAGAAAAACAACAACCAAAGAAUCUUAUGAAGCUUCUAUCUGAAUCUCGAGGUUUUGAAGUACUUGCAAAGUUCGACAGCAAUCAUGUUCCUUCUUUACUUUCAGAAGAAUAUCUCAAUUGUUGGUCUUUGCCUUUGGUAACACUAACAUCCAUCGCCAUGUCUCUACCUGACAUCCAAAAGAACAUGGUCGAUUGCUUGUUAAAUGGUGUGAGUGAGGGUCUUUUAUAUGUCACGCUUGUGGAAGAAAGCCUCAAUGCUACUGAUCAUGAUCAUGUAAGCAUUCAAAAGGCAGCUGACACUUUGUGGGUAGAAGUUGAAGUGUACCACAAAUGGUUAGGAACUAAGCUGCCAAACCCUAAGUCUAAAGUGAAUACACCGGGGCAUAUUCUUCAGUGGUUAAGGGAUAAGGCUAAGAACAAGGUCAUCAAGGUGGAAAGAAAGGAUAUCAGAGAUCGAAAUGAUAAUUCCAAAUACAAGUCUAUUUGUGCCAAUUCAAUGUAUCGUAUCACUGAAACAAUAUUGCUCAACUACCACGAGAACAUUGAGCGGGUUAGCCAAGAGGAACUAUUUGCACAUGUAUCAUCAAUGAUUGCUGAUAUAAUAGCUGCUUGUCUCACCAACUUACCUCAAGUCAUUCGAAUGAAAUGUAUUGAAAGUGCCAUAGAGAAAAGGGAGGCUAAUGUGCAAGCUGCAGCCCAACUUCUCGGCGAGACUACACAGAUAAUCAACACCCUUCAAGAUCGUGAACUUCCAAGAUUGGAUCCAGACGAGUUGGCGUUUAUUGACAAGUGGUGUGCUUACUUAAAGAAUCCGUUUCCUUGA